AUGAGCGGCGAUGUCAUACAGGAGAGCGGCGAGAAUGGCAAGGAGAGCGCGAGCGGAGUGACAGAGCAGGGGGAGACGCCGAUAUCAGCUGUGCCGAAUGUCGAGGUGAUUGCAACAUUUUUCGUAAUUAAAAAUGGACGGCAGUCGCUACUGGGCCGAGAGACCGCCAUUAAGCUGAACGUUCUUCGGCUAGGUCUAGAUGUCAAUCGGGUGGAAAUGACCACGCCAUUCCCUAAAUGGAAAGGGGUUAAAAUAAAACUAUGGAUUGACCCCCAAGUCAUUCCAAUUCAGCAGCCAGUUCGAAGAAUCCCGGUGGCACUCGAGGAAAAAGUUGCCGCUAAGCUGGAAGAGAGUUUAAGUCGGGACAUCAUCGAAUCAGUUACAGGUCCGAGCUCGUGGAUAUCCCCCAUUGUCCUGGCUUUUAAGGAAAACGGCGAUAUUCGGCUGUGCAUUGACAUGCGUCGUGCGAAUAAGGCCAUUCGUCGAGAAAAUUAUCCACUACCGACCUUUGAGUCUUUUAUGCCCAAGCUAAAGGACGCAAAAUACUUUUCGCGCUUAGACCUAAAAGAUGCUUAUCACCAGCUGGAACUGGACGAAGCCAGCAGAGAAAUUACGACUUUCAUAACACCAAAAGGACUCUUUCGGUACAAGCGGCUGAUGUUCGGAAUUAACUCUGCUCCAGAAAUUUUCCAACGUCACCUCGAGCAGCCCUUUACUAAUGUCAUGAAUUAUAUUGACGAUGUAAUAAUCUUUGGAGCUAGCGAAGAAGAACAUGACAAGACUGUAAGAGAGGUUUGUAACACAUUUAAAGAAAGCGGCGUUUUACUAAACGAUCAGAAGUGCAUCUGGAAAACAAACAAACUCAAGUUCCUUGGUCAUAUUAUUUCUGACGAGGGAAUCGAAGUGGACCCGGAUAAAAUUAAUGUGAUUAGAAUGUUUCGAGAACCACUUAACAAGGAAGAGACUCGGAGUUUCCUAGGUUUGGUGACAUACGUGGGGAAAUUUAUCCCAGACCUGGCAGAUUACACGGAUCCGCUGAGAAAAUUACUGAGGAAGGACUCGAAAUUCAGCUGGGGCGAAACAGAAGGAGAUGCUUUUCGGAACUUAAAGGAUCGACUGGAAAAAGUACCAAACCUUGCCUACUUCAACCCGCUAAAUCGAACUCUCCUAAUAGCAGAUGCUAGUCCUGUAGCACUGGGAGCGGUGCUGUUGCAGUUCUCUGUAAAUGCGGACCCCUUAAUUAUUUCAUUCGCUAGUAAAGCUUUGUCGGACGUUGAGAGACGUUAUUCUCAAACGGAGAAAGAAAGUCUGGCUCUAGUCUGGGCUGUUGAGAAAUUUUACUUUUACUUAGCAGGACUUCAUUUCGAGCUAGUGACAGAUCACAAACCGUUGGAGGCCAUUUUUAAACCGACAUCGAGACCUCCUGCGCGCAUAGAAAGAUGGUUGCUACGGCUACAGUCCUUUGAUUUUAAAGUAGUCUACAAAGCGGGAAAAGAGAACAUCUCCGACGCUCUAUCCCGACUUUGUCCGUUAUCAGCAUCCGACUCUGGAGAAAAAGAAAUGGAUUGUAGCAUAUUACAAGUGAUCGAGAACAGCAUUCCCCAAUCAAUGACUAUCUCGGAAAUUGCAAAGCAUUCGGUAAAGGACGAAGAAAUUAUCGAUGCAAAGGCCUGUCUGGAGUGCGACUCAUGGAAACCAGGAUCUCUAAAACUGCUGUACCCAUUUCGAUUUGAGUUAUCAGCAAUAGGACCCCUUCUUUUGCGAGGUAACCGAAUUGUUAUUCCUCAAUCACUUCGGUACCAAGUGCUUGAGCUGGCUCACGAAGGACACCCGGGAGAGUCAGCUAUGAAAAGGUGUCUGCGAUCCAAGGUAUGGUGGCCUCUAAUUGAUCGUGAUGCAGAGAACUAUGUCAAACGCUGCAGAGAUUGUCUUCUGGUCUCCCAAUGCCCUAGGCCAGCACCAAUGGAUAGGAACCCAUUUCCAACAGGUCCAUGGAUUUGGGUAGCAUCAGACAUAUUGGGGCCCCUACCAAACAACGAGUUUGUUGUAGUGUUUAUUGACUACUAUUCCCGCUAUAUGAAGUUCAAAUUUUUACGCUCAAUUUCCACAAAAAGCUUAAUUGAAGUAAUGAAGGAAAUAUUCUGUAGAUUAGGCUACCCAAAAUACUUAAAAACUGACAAUGGACGGCAGUAUAUAAGUCAAGAAUUCGAGGAAUACUGCAAAACUUGCGGUAAAGAACAGGUGAAGACUCCACCCUAUUGGCCCCAGGCUAAUGGGGAAGUGGAAAACAUGAAUCGGUCUUUGGUCAAACGGUUAAAGAUAGCACACUCUAAUUCAAAGAAUUACAAGGAAGAAAUCCAGAAAUUUGUACUCAUGCACAACGUUACUCCACAUGGCACAACAGGAGUAGCCCCCACCCAACUGAUGUUUAAUAGGGUUAUUCGCGACAAGGUUCCAUGUAUAGGUGAUAUUGAUGAAGAGGUUUCAGACUCGGCCGAAAGGGACAGGGAUUGUAUGUUAAAAGAAAAAGGGAAGGAAGAGGCAGAUAAGAAGAGGGGAGCACGGGAAGCCGUGAUAAACGUAGGGGAUAAAGUACUCUUGAAAAAUGUAGUUUUUCCUAGUAAGUUGACUCCGAAUUUUAAGGAUACCGAAUUCGAGGUUGUUGAAAAAGACAGAAACAUAGUUAAAAUUAGGGCAGGGGGUAGGACUCUCACGAGAAAUGUAUCGCACCUCAAGAAAAUACCAAUCAACGCAGGUCACCUGGAUACAUCUGGAGACUCAUCGUUAAGCAGCCCUCAACCGAAGAUGACAUCUACUCAGGAUCACCAAGACGUCGAAGAAGGAAUAGGUCAUCGGCUUAGACAGUCCCCAGAAGAUUUGGCUCCUUUGGCUGCCCCAUCCAUGAAGCUAAAACUUGUCAAUAAAGGAGGAAUGUGGGAGCCGGCAAUGAGCGGCGAUGUCAUACAGGAGAGCGGCGAGAAUGGCAAGGAGAGCGCGAGCGGAGUGACAGAGCAGGGGGAGAGUUAG